UCACUGGGAAACUCAUGCCAUCAACCUGAAUGUAAUGGCCUUGAGUUACUUCCUAAAGCAGAAUUUCACAUCCUUUCCAGCUCUUCUUUAUCCUACCAAACUAAUUUAUAUCCUGAUUUCGAGCGAUCAAACUGCCUCAAGACGGUAGCUGGUCAAUUGAAUGCGUCUCAAAAACCUGUGGAGUUUAACCAUGGAAUUUCGGUUGGCUCAGAUCGCUUUCAUCUGAUUUGCUCUCCUGACAACCUUUCAUCAGGUCAUUGCGGACCCACGGCAAAUUGCCACCAGUCACAGCCAGCAUGCUCAGCAGAUAAAUCAAGUCAUUGCGGACCCACGGCAAAUUGCCACCAGCCACAGCCAGCAUGCUCAGCAGAUAAAUCAAGUAAAAACAAUGCACUAACUUACAAGGGCUCCACUGAAGAGCCUAAGUUUGAUAAAGCGCUGCCCAUUACUGGUAAUAACAAUAGUAGCCAGCAUUGCUACAAUCACCCAUGCCAACAACAGCAUACUCAUAUUACACAUACUAAAUUCUUAAGGCCACAAAGUGUUAGCGGUGGGAUCAGUACUCGUCUCGAUUCGGGAAAGGAUGAUCGUUUUCUCGCUCAGCCAAAUGCAUACACUACAUUGCAACCAACCAUAGAAUUCUCGGGAUUGAGCAGUGGUGAUUUUUGCGAAGCCGAGGAGGGACUGAAAGGAACAAUGGCCAAAGGAAAAUGUUAG